AUGCGUACAAAAUUAUCUUGCAUCUUACGUUAUAUGGAAGAAUUACAAACAUUUGUUGAAGAUCAAAAUUUUAAACAAUCAUUAACUAUUGAACCUGAUCAAAUAAAUACCGAUCAUAAUGAUUCACAUUAUGAUCGAACACCAAAACCUUUAGAAAAAUCAGCAUCAUUUAAAAUUUCACAUAUUGAUUCACAUUCAACAUGUACACAUAGACGAACACUUAGUGAUUAUAAUCAUUCAAAUUGUUUAUCAUCAUCAAAUAAAUCUGCAACACUACCCUGUAGAACACAUGAAAAGAAAAGUUUAUUAGAUGAUAGUGUACUUGCAGAUUGUAUGCACGAAGAAACUCGAUCUAGUCUUUUAUUAUAUAAAGAAAAAAUUCUCAAUGAAUAUUGGGAUAGAAAAUCGAAACAAGUAGUAAAAGAACAAAUAGAACGUGAUCAACGUAUAAAGUUGCAACAAGAUCGUGAAGAACUGGCUCGUAUUGAACGUGCUCAAAAACAACAGUUGUAUAAUGGUGAUUUACUUGAUGCUUAUCGACAAGAACAAAGCAUGGAAUUUGAAUUAGUUCUUGAAACAAAUCCAGAAACAAAUGAUAUUAUUAUUGAAGUAGCUUUAUUACUUGUUAUUCAUAUGAAACCUCAUCAAAUUGAGGGUGUUAAAUUUUUAUGGAAUCAAGUAUUUGAAUCAACAAGUCGAAUUGCAUCUAGUAUUGAUAAUCGAACUCAAAUUGAUCAAGGUGGUUCAGGUGCUAUUCUAGCUCAUUGUAUGGGUUUAGGAAAGACAUUUACUACUAUUGUACUUGUUCAUACACUUUUACGAUAUUCCAUUUUGACACAUGUUCGUCGAAUACUUAUUUUAUGUCCAAUUAACACUAGUAUUAAUUGGAAACAUGAAUUUCAUGAUUGGUUAAAGGAUCUUGAGCCAACUAUAAAUGUGUAUUUAUUCAAUAAUGAUGAUAUUCGAACAGAAAAACGAGAAGAUUUCCUUCGUUUCUGGUAUGAAAAUGGUGGAGUUCUAUUAAUGGGUUAUGAAAUGUAUCGUCAAUUAACUUUUACAAGUGAUGAUAAGCCUGAUGAUCAAAUUAGAAAUAUUUUAAAACAGGAUAAGAAAAUGCCAUCAUUGAUUGAACAAAUAAAUAUUGAUAAAUAUAGAAAAUAUCUACGUAAUCCAGGUCCUGAUCUAAUCAUUUGUGAUGAAGGACAUAUCAUUAAAAAUCCACGAAGUGCCAUUGCUUGUACAUUGGCUAAAGUACGAACACGUCGUCGUAUUGUUUUAACGGGUACACCAAUGCAAAAUAAUUUGAAAGAAUAUUUUUCUAUGGUUAAUUUUUGUAAACCAAAUUUUCUUGGUACAGAACGUGAGUUUUCUUAUCUAUUUCGUAAACCGAUCGAAGCUGGUCAACACCGAGAUAGUUUACCAUAUCAAGUUAAAACAAUGCGAAGUCGAGUGUCUGAUCUUAAUACACUUUUAAAGAAUAUCAUACAUCGACGAGGUUUUGAAGUUUUACGUACAUAUUUACCACCAAAGUUUGAAUAUGCUGUUAAAAUAAAAUGUCGACCAAUGCAACGAACACUUUAUGAAACAUAUAUAAAUUAUCAUCGAAUGAAUUCUUUCAAUGAUAAUCUUAAAGUGGCUAAAUUGUUUAGUGAUUAUCAAUAUUUGAUGAAGAUUUGGACACAUCCAUGGCUUCUUCAACCUUACUUCACUGGAUAUUAUAAUAAAAAAACAAAAAAUGGAAAACAAACUCCCGUUGAACACAUUUUCGAUGAUGAUGAUGAUGAUUCUGAUGAUGAAGAUGAUCGAAUCAAUGAAAUAUCAUCGACACAAAAUAUAUUAUCUUUACCACAUACAAACAUACUCAAUCAAAAUUAUCAAGAAAAUCUAUCCAAUGCGAUAAAACAACAAUGGUGGUUCAACAUGUUCGAUCCAAGCAAUUCGCAAUUCGAUUUUCAAUUAUCGGGAAAAAUUGUUAUAUUGAAAGCAAUUUUGGAUGAAUGUGAAUCAAUUGGUGACAAAUUACUUGUUUUUACUCGAAGUUUAAUUGCUCUUGAUUAUCUUGAACAAUGUCUUGCUUAUUGGAGUGAACAAUCUCCAUCGUCCAAAUGGCAAAAAGAUAUUGAUUACUUUCGAAUAGAUGGUCAAGUUGCUAUAAAACAUAGGGCAGCUAACAUAAAAUUAUUCAAUGAUGCUAAUAAUACGCGUAGUCGUCUAUUUUUAAUCUCAACAACUGCUGGUGGUUUAGGAAUAAAUCUUUUUUCUGCUAAUCGUGUUAUUAUCUUGGAUACUAGUUGGAAUCCAGCUCAUGAUCUUCAAGCUAUGUUUCGUUCAUAUCGUCUUGGUCAAGUAAAGCCCGUCUAUAUCUAUCGUCUAAUUGUCAAAGGUACAAUGGAAGAAAAAAUUUAUAAACGACAAAUAACCAAACAAGCCAUGUUCCACCGUGUAGUUGAUGCUAAACAACUUGCUCGUCAUUUCACUUAUGAUGAACUUGCUCAACUUUAUGAAUAUGAUUUUGAUAUGCAUCAUGAUCCAAUAGAUAAAUACGAUGCUAAUCUAGUCCAAGAUAAAGUUUUACAAUAUCUAAUUAAUAAACAUUCGGAUACAAUUGUUUCUUAUUGUGAACAUGAUUCAUUUUUAAUACAUCAUGAUGAAGAAAAUUUAAUGAUUGAAGAACAAUGUCAACCUACUGAGCAGCUUCGUAAUAUACCAGGACCUCCACAUCAAUUUUUCUUUGGCCAUUUGAAAACAUUAUGGGCAUCGAAAAGAUAUUCGAAACAAUUACAAGAAUGGACACGUAAAUAUGGAUCGAUAUAUGGAUUAUAUGAGGGUACUCGACCUUUAUAUGUUGCAUCUGAUGUUGAUUUUCUUCAUGAAGUUUUCAUCAAACAAUUUUCUUCGUUUCAUUCACGUCGUGUACUAUUUUUGGCACGUAUGGGUGCUGGAACACCUGAAACUCUAUUCGGAGCAUCAGGAACUACAUGGCGACGUCAAAGACAUAUUGUCAAUCGAACAUUUUCGCUCGGGCGUGCAGGAUUCGGCAUUGAAAGUGAUAUGCAAAAUAAUAUUGAUAAUAUUUACUUGAAAAAAUCAGCUAAAGUAGUAGAUAUUAAUUAUGAUAAAUUAUUUAUUGUUCAAUUGAGUAAUUUGAUGCCAUUUCUCAAACCAUUUCUUAUAAUUUUCUUUCUUUGUCAACUAAAAAUAAUUCGAAUACUUGGCAAGAUAAUUCCAUUUAUGAACUAUUUUAUGGAAGAAUUAGCUCCAUUUUGGAUUAUUAAUCGAGCUCAAGAAAUAGUUGAUUACCGUAAAGUACAUGCAUCUGAAAAGAAACAUGUUGAUUUGUUACAACUUAUGAUUGACGCACAAAUACCCGAUGAGAAAGAUAAACUGGAAAAUAUGGAAGAAGAUACAGAACAAAAAAUUUUGCAUCCCGAUGAAAUCACUGGCAAUAUUCUUAUUUUCAUGAUCGCUGGUUAUGAAACAACAUCGACUACAUUGGCAUAUUGUACAUAUAUUCUAGCUAAGAAACUUGAUAUUCAAGAAAAACUCAUUGCUGAAAUCGAUACACAUCUAGGUCAAAAAGAUUAUGAAGACAAUUACGAUCUUGUUACAAAUAUGUCUUAUAUAGACAUAUUUAUUCGUGAAGUACUUCGCGUGUUUCCUAUUAUAAUACAAGCAACAUCACGAGAAUGUAACAAAACGACAACUAUAUGUGGUCAUCAGAUUGAAGAAGGUAGUGUCAUACAAGCUGAUAUAUUGAGCAUUCAUUUUAGUCCAGAUCUUUGGGGUCCUGAAGAUCCAAAUGAAUUUAUUCCUGAAAGACACUUGACAAAGCGUCAUCCGAUAUCAUGGAUGGCUUUCGGAAAUGGUCCAAGAAACUGUGUCGGAAUGCGUUUUGCAAUUAUGGAACUCAAAAUAUGUUUGACACAUCUUCUAAGUCAAUAUAAUAUUUUACCUGGAGAUAAAUUAGACGAGCAUUUUCAUUUGACUGAAUUGAGUGUUAUUAAUCCUGAGGCUAUUUUCAUCAAAUUAAAAAAACGAACGACCUAUAUGUGA